AUGUCCUCUUUUCUACAGGAACUUGGUCCCGUGGCGGUGUCUCACCGACAGGAGUUGGAGGAAGUGAAGAGAGAACUAGACAUCAAGAGGGAUGAAUUGGAUUGUUGGAUAUAUGGAUUUCUGGAGAAUAAAAAGUUCGAUGUCAAGGAAACUGUUGCGAAGUUGCAACGGCGCUUUGCGAUGGAGGUAAAUGAGAUGGCCAAGUAUGAAUUCACGGAGUACAUGCGAACAUCACUGAGGUUGGGCAUUAUACAGGUGAUUGGAGAAGACAAGUGUGGUCGCACCAUCUUUUACGUUACAGUGAACCGGGACAAGAAAGCGGCGAGUCAUCGUGAUGGGAAGAAACAUACGUUUGAUCUGAUGGUGAGUUACGGGACACGACUGCGAGCGGAUAACAAACGGUGCCAAAUGGUGCUGCUCGUAAACUACGAGGAUGCAAGCAUGUGGAGCAACGUGGAUAUGUCGUUACAGGCAGAUGUGGCGUUGCGCAUAUCAAAAUUUUUCCCUGGAUGUAUUAGCAAAGUAUAUAUCUGCAACAUGGGCCGAAUGCUUUGUUCUGUGGCGAAGCCUUUGUUCUCGCAGCUCCCAUCAGCUUUCUCUGAUAGUAUUAUGUUUUUCUCCAAAAGCGAUCGAGCAUCCGGUAGGCUUUUGGAGUUUAUUGAUGAAAGUGUUCUCCCUGUACAACUCGGUGGCACGAAUGAUUGUGAUAACCAGGAGCAUUGGGACCGUCACGGGGACAUUAUUGAAGAUUACUACCAUGGAAUGAAGGCUGCUAUCUCAGAGCGUGGGUUGACGGUGAAGGAGUGGGAGCUGCAAUGCAUUGAGCAGCCCAACGUUCCGGUACGUCACCCGUCCUUAGCCUCGGAAACGGAGUCGAUGGUAUCGCUGCUGACAUUUGGCUCAAGUUUAACAGCCACUCCAGUAGAAGGGAACCUCAAUGGCAUGUGGAGACAUGAUAAUGAUAUUUCACCUCCUCUGGAAGAAGAGGAAAAUGAAUGGUGUUUGCUCAUGAAACCGCUACCUAACAAUUUGUCAUUGUUUUUCCUCGAGGAAUUGUAUCGCUGGCGCGUUGCCGUGUCGGCGGAGGAGGGUGAAAUGCGCUGUGCUCUGAUGGACGAUUAUGCGGCAGCGUGGAAACGCGAGUUCGAUGAACUACCGAUGCUUGACCUUUCGAACAAAAAGUGGUACCGAUUCAUCCCAGAGUCCCUUCGGGAACUCUAUCACGGUGUACUCAUCGUUGUUAAUGUCGCCAGUAGCCUCUCCUUCUUAGUGGCGCUCCUUUUCUUCAUGGCACUAACUUCCAGUGCAGCCGUGACGGUGUUCUUAGCGUUCUUCAUUGAAUGGAACUAUGUGUAUGCAUUAUUCGCAACACUGAUUUUGGUGACGUUCCAAGGCACUGCGUUGUGCUCACGUGCAGUUACCGUUCUUGUGGUGAUCAUGAAACACAAAGUCGUCCCACCACUGGACAUGUUGGGGAAAACACGCGGCAGUGUGGCGCAGCUCAUAUUAUUUUGUUCGAUGAUAUUUCUACAGAUGUUUUCCUUCGGAUACUCCAUGACGCACAGCUCCUUGUUGAGAAGUAUUCAGGUGACGUUUGCUACUGGGUGGCUGUUUGCUGUGGCAUUUCUAGCGUUGUGCCAUAUUGUGCUUUUUUUUGAUUGGAUACCGAUGGGCGAGCAAAGGCGGAAGAAAAAUCAGGGUUCCAUGUUAGCCCUGUACCUGCUGUUGGACGUGCAAGAGAGUGAGGAAAAGACGGAGGCCGUUCUCACGCGCAGGCUUUCUACCACAAUUGCUUGCGCCGUGCCAAUCACACUGGAUUUUCUACUGGGUAUUGCAUUUAUCAUUAGUGGAAUGAUCCCAUUUGCAGUGGCUACAUGCAUCGCUACCGUCGCAGCCAUCCUGACGAUAGACUACUGUUCACUGGGGCGCUCCUCGAUGUCGAGUCGUUCAGUGCUUCGCAGUACGGUGGCUUUUGCGUGUAUGUUGUGGCUGUACCUCUGCUUCUCCUUCAGAUUCCUGCAGUAUGAUGGCCCAUGGAUUGUCUCAGUAUGCACGGUAGCAGCGGUAAACGUGGUGUUCAUAAGCUUAGCUGUGUUUUGUUUGAGGAAAAGAAGCGCAAAGAAAACGCUGCGCGGUUUGCUCUUUCUGUUCGUCAUCCUCCUCAUAACCAGCUGUACCGCCAGCUUCUUCCUCGUUGGAUCGACGGUGGGUGUCAUUUCCUUAGUGCUUCUAAUACACAGUGGGAUGGGCAUUUUCUGCGUUCGCCGCCGGUCGCGCAAUAUCGGUGGAACCUUCAUUUUCUAUGGUGCACUCGCUAUGCUUGCCCUCUCGUGCGUUUUGCUGGGUUGGUUGGGUGCUAAAUGGCAGUAUUGGGUGCCACAUAGCCUACCUCCCGUUAAUGCCUCCGGACCCCGUGACCCAUUAGAAGAAUACCAUCAAUAUCCCAUCUGCACUUUGCGCACCGCAGGGGGGUUUGGUAUCGUUGAUUUCGCUCUGCUUACUGAGGUUUCCGGAGCGUCAAAGGAAAAUGUGUUCCAUGAAGAUUUUGACAACUGGUUCGGAAGUACAGACGUGGUGUACAACAACACGGUCAAAGUAUAUGGCGAGAGAAAUGAACAAUGGUCCAUAUCCCGAUUUGACUCUUUAGCAAGGAAUGUUACUGUGUUAACCCUGCAGAACGGGCGUGUUUACUCAUCGAUCAUUACAAUGACCGUGUGGAUCGGUUACAUUGCCCUUGCACCACUUCAAAUCCUUCUUCCAAACAACUGGUUGAAGCAGGUGGCGUUCCUUCUUUCAUUUUUGACGAGGGCUAUUGACUUUACGUGGUAUGAUGUCAAAGAUGAGGUCGUACGUUACCUGACAGAGAUGAAGAAUACAACUUCCAAUGAAAUUGUACUCACCGCAUGGGGCAUCGCGGGCGGCAUCGCCUCACUGGCCGGGGUCGAAUCUCACACGCAAACGAUCACUUUCGGCUCUCCAGGUCUUAUGGAUGCGCUUCACUACACCAAUUAUACAGAGGGUGAAUAUCACAAGUACGUUCUAGCAGUUGUGUCAGAAUUGGAUGUGUUGAACGCCGUUACAAGGUAUGAUCCUACAACAUAUCAACGAAUCCAGUGCAGUGCCGGUUCAAACACUUGUGGAAGCAUGAAUUACAUCUCUUCUGAGCUAGUCCGUGUGUGUGACACAACGGGAAGGCGGCAUGUCGGCCAGCAAGUGGAGGAAUCGGUUCAUGAGAUGUAG